UUUUUUCAACCAAGACCACCUCCUUGCGGGCUGAUGCCGGUGUUAGACUGAUUUCCCUGAGGGCCGCUGCAACCCCUGAUACAGGAAAAGACAAGUGAAGCACGUCCAUUUCUAUUGGGAUGGCAUUGGUUGUUAUAUGUGGUCAACCAAGUAGUGGGAAGUCAACUGCUGCUAGUUGCCUGGCUGAAGCUCUUAAAGACACAGAAUCAAAGCCUUCUGUCCGGAUUAUUGAUGAAACUGCAUUUCAUCUUAAUCGCAAUCAAAGUUAUGCUAACAUGACUGCUGAGAAGAAUUUGAGGGGGGUACUUAGAUCUGAAGUCGAUAGAUCUGUGUCCAAAGAUACCAUCAUAAUAGUGGAUUCUUUAAACAGCAUAAAGGGUUACAGAUACGAGCUAUGGUGUUUGGCCCGUGCAACAGGAAUUAGAUAUUGUGUGCUCUUCUGUGAUGUUGAGGAGCCCUGCUGUAGAAAAUGGAAUCAAGAGCGCCGGGAGAGAGAAGAACCAUCAUAUGAUGAUAGAAUCAUUGAAGAUUUGGUUAGGAGGUUUGAGAAACCAGAUAGAAGAAAUCGGUGGGAUUCGCCAUUGUUCGAGCUAUGGCCCUCUAGAGACGGAAUUGAAAAGUCUUCUGAUGCUAUGGUAGAAGCUGUUUCCUACUUGACAAAAAAGGUUGACUCAAAAACUAGGGAUGUUAAAAUUUUACAGCCAACAAUUGCAACUCAGAAUGCUCGGUCGUCAGAGGCUAAUUCUCUUUAUGAGAUGGACAAGGCUACACAAGGAGUGAUCAAUGUCAUAGUAGAAGCCCAGUCCAAAGCAAUGGGUGGUCCUAUCAGCAGCGUGUCGCUCGGGGCAGAUUUACCGAACAUCCACAUAGGAAGAUCAGUUGGAUUACCUGAGUUGCGUAGGCUGCGGCGAACUUUCAUAAAAUUAACAGGACAAUCAAGUUUAAGUGGUCCUCCUCCACCUUCCGAUGCUGAUAGUGCAAAGAGGAUGUUUGCGGAUUAUUUGAAUAGAGAGUUAGGUGCUUGAUGAAGAAGUAACUGGCAUAUAAUCAAUCUCUUAGACAACUUCAGAAAUGAGCCUGGGUUGGUUAAAUUGUUUCGUGGCGCCUAACAGUAUUUCCCAUUUUCCAUAUAAACAGAGGUCAGAAGAUACCUUCAUAGGUGCGUUUGCUUUAGUUAUUUGUAAUCACGAAGCUGGUUAUUGGGUUUUGCACCCUAGAUAACUGAAAGCUGCAAGACAGAAGAUCCUGUCAAAAAGAUGUAUUCUUCAGAGUUUCCAAUAGGUUUUCUAUGGAUUGUGACAAUAAAAAUAUGUGUAACGGUUUCUAA